GCUGCGCACAGCCCAAAAAAUAGUCGGGGCCCCGCAAAUUCGCGGGGUUCCGCAGAUUCGCGCACCUGCAGAAAAUGGCAAGAGAUCUGCCGCCGCCUACCCCACCUAGCGCAGGCGACAGAGGGAGCAAGAGGCCACAAGGGAGGCAGACGUCUGACCAGGUGGGCUUUGAAUCACACUGGGACUACUGGACAACUUUUGUUCUGACUUAGAGUUAGCGCCACGAGGAGAUAUUCGGAGAUUGCCGUGAGCGUACCACCACGCGAUGCCGCCGCACACAACCCACCGGGGUCCUUGUGCUCACCUCCCAGGAAGCGCUGCGACCGUGUUGCAGAAUACAGCUGGUCAUUCAGUGUGGCAAACUCAGUUGGCUAUCUAGCACAGAAAGUUUCAGGCAAUUCCAUCCUGAGGAAACUUAGCUUGGCCGUGUUGAACAUUGAAAAUCUUGGCGGCGGCGGGGGAACAUGCGCAAGCUCUGCACGCUUACAGCAACGCGUUACGUCGCCGAGAAACCUUGAUGGUCGACGACGUGGCUAAUUUCGAUAAGGCGAGAGUUCGCAGCGCGAAGGAGUGCGCGAGAUUGACUGCGACUACGCCCAGGAAAAAAACGGGGAAGCGCGCCCCCGUAAAUUCAGGAGCACGUGUGAGGGGUUCGGGAGGAGGGUCGGGAAGGAAGCGCGUGCGGUCACGGGCCCGAAUUUCGGUGGGCACUAAACAGUCGCAGAGCAGGCUACAAACGCAGGUGGAGGAAAGGUUGGCGACGGCAGACUUGGACAAGGAGCAUGGGGAGCAGCUGGCUAAGGCGGAGGAAGAGUCCCGACGGCGUAGGAAACGCCUUCCCGAUGAGGCGUGCGCGGAAGCUCGACAAAAUGCGCCUGGGCCUGCAUCUGGUCUUCGACGCCAGAGUUUAGGUGGGAAGAGCAGACAAGUCGGGAGUACGGAGACGCAAGGCCGCGCUAUGCCCUGCCGUAAACCGGUGUGUGGCUGGGUGACGACUACCCCGGGUCACCAGUGCAAUAAAUGUCCUGAAGGGGUCACGCACUGGGCGGAAGAUAGGUUAUGUACCGCGUGCCAUCGACCGCCCAGCGAGAGAGGGUUCGUCCAUCUGCAUGUCAAACGCAUUGACUCGGCCCGCUCCCUAUUGGCCGACCUGCCGUCUGGCGAGGCGGGGGUUGUGGCGAUGCUGCGUCAGUUUAACCCCCAACCUGGCGGGUGUCUCUGCCAGCGAGACGGCUGUCUCAUGGCCCGCCUGGGUCGCCACGAAAAGAACAAGGCCACGCACACAUGCCAAGGACCUGGAGACAACAUGCCAUGUUCGGUGUCAGGAGUGAAGAAGAAGCAGGGGAGGUGGUAUUCCGUGUCUGGCGAUGAAGAAGGUGGGAGGGUUAGGGUGUCAGCGGGAGGCGGCGGUAUGGUGUGCCAGGCCUGUAACCAACGGCGUGCCCGUGAACGGAAGAAGUCCUUAUCGGUACGACAGCCAGGGGAUGGCGGGUCCGGAGUUGCUGGAGCUUCCUCGUCGUCCCAAGCGCCAGCCAUUGGGAGGGCGGACGUCGUGGGGUCCAGCACCCAGAGGACAAGGACAGGCAAGGGAGCAUCCACCGACGAGGGCUCUGGCAUUGCGACUGGCCGAGCGCUUGGGCGACAUGUCAAAGCGGCGUCGAUUGUGCGCUCGCGGGUGGAAGGGUCCGUAAAAGGCGGGGAGAUCCUUUUCUGGAAGGACGUUGCGAAGUGGUUGACGGCCGAGCGAGCUAAGCUCGGCGAGGAAAGGCUGCAGGGCGGCUCCGUACGGGAGAAGGUGAAACAAAUGUUCGAUAGCAUCGGCCGUUCGUCGGACUGCAACGCGAGGGUGGUGGAUAUCCGAGGGAGCAGGGGUGCGGGAGGAGACGGACGCGAGAAAGCUCUCUGUCUGUUCCCGAAAGAUCUAUCCGACGAAGCUGUCGUUGGGUACCUCCUACGGAUGCGUAAAGCGGAGGGAGCGACCCUGAAGUCUGAGCUGGAAAGGGUUGCUCAAGACCCUGCGGACCCCCACGACCCUGUCUUCGAGGAGGAGAGGAUGGCGGUGGUCAAGACUGCGGGGGAGAUUGUCCGGCGUGAUAUUGAACUGGAAAAGAGCCUGCACAACGCGCGUCCCCCAGGUCAGUCAAACAUCAACGUGGAAGAGUUGGAGCGGCCUGUGGAACGGACGGCGGAUACCCUACUUGCAAUGCCCCCCACGACACUAGGAUUCUUCCAGAGCGUCACCGACGUGGACCUCAAUGUCGAGCAGAACCCUGCGGAUCCGCCCAAGGAUGCAGGGCCUUGCAAGGUGUGGGAGCGCGGGUGGCGAGAGGAGUUUGAAAAGGGUAUCGGCGUUAUGGACAGGCCAAGUCCAGCCACAGCCGGGUCGAUGGGUGAAACGACGGUGGGCUCUGCUGGUGGAGCCGGGAGUGGUGACGUCGGCGCAAUAUCGGGGGGGGUGCCGGUCCUCCCGGCGUCUGAGACACGUGCGAGGGCUGUCGAUAAAUUCAACCGGUGUUGCCGGUCCAUUCGUCGACGGUUGACGGUGAUGUGCACAAGCGUCGUUAAGUCCGUGCUGGGCAGCCGGUACAUGCCCUCACACGCCAUAAAGGCGACCCAGUGGGCGAAGUCGAAGAAUACUCCCCGACCCGUGCUCAACUUUAUCGCAGAGCACUUGGGAUGUGCCACCGAUUCUCAGGUGUACCAUCGAGAGUCCAAGUUCGCCCGGGUGGUUGAAGACUCCAACCUUCUUGCCAAGUGCGCGAAGUGUGCUGCAUUUUCUCAGGACAACGUUGACUUCGAGCCCCGUGUCGGAGUGAGGCAGGGGGAAGGUCCGUACAUCCCGUGCGUGGCGUGUGUGGCGAACUGGGUUGGGGAGGAGGUGGGCACGCUCCACGAUGCGGGCACGUUGAAACGACUCAGCGAGUUGAGUGUGGACGACAUUCUCGUUGGAUCAGACGCGGCGGAGGGAGAGCGGAGGUAUGGGGCUUUCUUAGCUACGCUAUUCGGAGCCGUGUCCAAGUCUGAGCGAAUCAGGUCGGCGGAGGGAGGGCCGUUGUGGUGUUUCGAGGCCCAACUCAGGGAGGACGUUACGCCGGAUGCGAGGUCAAACUCUACAGGAAAGUACGCCUUCGUCCAGCGCGCCAGCACCAAGAGCUACACCGACAUGAAGAGGAUAAUUGACCGGAUCCUUGACAUAUGGCGCGGAACCCAGGCCGGGAACGAUGGUGCACCGUGCAUCAUCGCGGGGGACGAGGAGACAUACCGAUUCAUAUACCACCUGAUGAAGCAAGACCCCGACAACUACCGUCAAAUCCGGCGAUAUCCGGGGGACUGGCAUCUUCUGCUGCACAUGGCGAAGGCUCUCCUCAGGCGGUACUGGGGGGCUGGGAUCGAGUUUAUGGCGUGCGAGUUAGGAACGGACAACAGCAAAUCGGGCGACGGCAGCAAUUAUCGCCGAGCACACCACCAGCUGUGCGUGAUGUUUGAAGCGCUAUGGAUUUUGAUCCUCGAGGUGUGGCGGGAGGAGCGUCAGCAGCGGGAGAGUGCGCCGGCAGAGUGCGAUGACGUGUCGGCGGAGGAGGAGGGCGUCGCUGCAGAGGACGCGAUCGACAUGGAUGCUGUCCUGGCUUGGGUCAAGAGGCGGGCAGAUGACGACAAAACGUUCGCCAUUUGGGCGCAGUUCCUUCUGCAUGACUUCCCGAUAUUUGUGCUCUUCUCUUACCCUUCGUAUUCCGCCCCAGGCUAAUCCAUACACUUGAACGUUCCGCUGCGAGAGGCGGAAUGGGAUGCUGGCUGAUAAGUCAAGGGAACGGUCGGGGGGGGGAGUGUGGUGCUGGGACGACAGCAGGGACUGGCCGUUGGGGAGGAGGAGAAGUUGUUGUGAACAUGUACUGUUGAACUUGAUUUAUAGUCUUGUAUUUUUUUCUUUGUUGUGGUUGGCACUUUCCCAUAACUUUGACUGGACAUGUCUCUUCUUGUGAUUUACGAUUUGUUAUGUGUUCUUCGAACCAUUUGGGACUUACUUGCGUGCCGUCCCUAGAAUAUACUCAUUAGCAUCAUCAUUAAAAUUUUAAGAUUUAUUCAUCUUAGCGACAUUUUGGCAGUCUUGCAAGUAGUGUCUUUUAGAGUUUCGUCGUGUCUUGUGCCUUAGCGUGUUGUUCGAGUAAUUGAGAAAGUAUUGUUGGCCCGAAGGAGUAAAACUGGCACGCGAGGUACCUUAGCUGGUUGACGUGGUGCUGUAUGUAGUAGUUUACUCCGUGUGUAAAUGUAUCUAAUUUUAAUGUGCGCUGCUGAUUGACUAAACUGGUGCAGACUGCCCAAGUAUACGCAUAUCAAUCGCGCCCGCGGGUGCAGUUCAACCUUCGCAGGGCCUAGGUUCCGAUUGCGCCGACUCCCAGCUACCGCUGCGACACUGGCUUCGCUGGGUGAAGCGCUUUUUUCUUUUUUUUGUUUCUUCAUGUGCUGGAGGGGAGAGAGAGCCGGUGUGCGUCGGCGAAACCCAAAGUUCAAAACUGGGUUCGCGCCGAUUAGGCGUUCUCGGCGUAUACGGCGUGUUGCAGCAAAAUUCAAAGUACUGGGCAAAGCCCACAGCAUCUUCUUUCACACACGGGUGCGCCCUUCCGCAACCAUCCUGAGGAAACUUAGCAUGAUGCUUGCGCGCGAGCGUCAUUUUUACACGAAACACGCCGCCCCCGACUGCGUUUGGUGGAAUUCCAACACACCACUUGACGUACGGUCUGAUACGGGCAUUUCCAGUUUGUGUGCCAAGUUUCAUGUGGAUCUGUGCGGUCUGCGCUGCGUUCUCGUCGUCGGACGAAACACGCCCUCGGCCAGGGGUAGGUUGGGCCGCAUCCAAAAGUGCCAGGUAUUUGCCUCCGAACUUCGAAUUCUUCUUUUGUCACGUUCGCGGGCCACAGGCCAUGAAACUCGACCAAACAAGGGUCAGAAGACAGUAAAUAACUAGCUCUACGGUGUCAGGGUCUUAGUUUGGUGUGGUGUGUCGUUGCCGGAACGCACAGCAGCCCCAAAGGUGUUUCGACAAACGCCUCCAUAUAUCCUGUGCG